GUCUGAACCAUAUGACCCCUACCUUCCCCGUGGCGGCUCUUCUUCGAACCCGUCCGGCGCGGGCGCAGGCAACGCCAAGACGGCUGCUAUCCAGCAGCAGAUUGACGACACCGUUGGUAUCAUGCGCGAUAACAUUACCAAGGUAGCGGAGCGGGGCGAGCGGUUGGACCAGCUACAGGACAAAACAGACAACCUCGCCGUGUCCGCACAAGGCUUCCGCAGGGGGGCCAACCGUGUUCGCAAGAAUAUGUGGUGGAAGGACAUGAAGAUGCGCAUCAUCAUCGGCGUCGCCAUUGCCAUCAUCAUCAUUAUCAUCGUCGUCUCCGUCGUGAAAGCGACGAAACACUGAGCGCCGGCCCUUCUCGUAUCUUGCCCUCCUGGACACCGUUCUGUCACCUCCCGACUCGAUGCUCCGUCUGUCUUGUUGUAUACAUGGUACUUAUCUAUGCACGUACUACUGUAAUCCUGUUUCUUCUGGGUACGGCUGAUGCGGACUACUUUUCUCGUUCUCGUUAUCCGAGUGCCGAUACACUGCAAGCGUCAUGAGAUGGUCGGCUAUACAGUACCGGCAUGGGACACCAGCGAAAUGGCGGUGACGUUGCAUCCGCAGAGUCAUGACAAGACAGACCUUUGUCGGCCGAGAUCCGCCCAGACGCCAUGUUAUGUAUGUAGUGCGGAGAGCGCACAAACGCAUGCAUUGAUGACCAUAGCAAAC